GAUUGUCGGUUUGACAGGUGAUGCGGAGCGGUACGCGUUCCUUAUAAAGUGUUUCGAUCGGUGCGAUAUUGCGCGGAACAGUUGCGAAGCCUUCGAAAACGCUGGUAUGCCCUUCGAAAGGGCAUGGAGUAAGUUGGAGGAAAGGUUCUACAAGAAACGGGUAGCUUUCCUCAGCCACUUUAACUAUCUCAGAGACCUUCCAAAAAUGACUGUGGCGUCUUCCAACGGGCUUAUGCGGAUAAUAGAUGUGGUCGAAACAUCAACCUCCGCAGCGAAGCAAAUUGCAGGCGCAAGCGGACAACGGCCUAGCGUGGUGGAGGAUGGAAUGCUAGUGAGCCUGGUUAUGUCCAAGCUAGACGAUGAAACCAUAACCAGAAUAUCCCGUAGGCUGGACGUCCACACCAUUCCGACGUGGAAGGAACUGCGCGACGAGCUCGAUAGGUUGUCGAGUUCGCUAUACUAUGAGCCGCGGAAAAGCGCCGCGUCCCGUCCUGACCGCGCUUCUACUAGUAGCAAGCGCCCAAUACGUGCGGCAUUCGUAGCCACGGUGGAUACGGCCACUUACUGCUGUCCAUGCCAAUCCUGGCUCCGUCGAAGCGCUCACUCCAGCACACUUUUUGAUCGCGCGGGCCUCAUUCUCUAUUCCUGCUACCAUCCAAAACGAUGAUACGGACGGUGUCAAGACGAGAUGGAAGCGCGUGCAAAAAUUGUCCCAGCAAUUUUGGUCUCGCUGGCAAGCCGAUUACCUGUCCCAGCUACGAUGCCACGCCAAAUGGACAAAACGAACUUCGAACGUGCAAGUUGGGCAGAUUGUACUGGUUGGCGACGACAACCUCCCGGUCGGUCGAUGGCCCAUGGGGAUAGUUACGAGAACCUACGUGGGACCUGACGAUAUGGUACGCGUUGCUGACAUUCGGACAAGCAGCGGUACUUACAAGCGAAACGUGAGGCUGUUGGCUCCGCUUCCGAUAGACGCCACAGAGAAGGACGCCGACGAGACACCGGCUGACCUGCUGGCCCUAUCCACCGAGAAAACAGAUGAAAUUGGCCAGCGUGGAUCCCAGCAUACGAUGCAUAAUGCGAUCUCUGAACUUGAGGAUGACCAACCACCUUCGUGCAGCGUUUGGGACGGCCGACUGCGUCCCAAAGGGGGGAGAAAUGGUCAUGUAAAUCGAUGAGAUUCGAAACCGUCAACGGCGAAACGGUCACCGGUUUUGAACAGCAUCUUUCGAAUGCGUUUCGAAAGAUUGCGCUUGCGUUCCGAAACGCACUUUGACCCGAUAACCUCGUGUCCCCACGUCAGGUUAUCGAUACGUCAUGUGGGAGCGUGCGUGAGAGAGAAUUUUGUGCGUAAAUUCUCUCUCAGCAUCCUGGGGAAUCGGCUAUCGUGGGCUUCGUGCGAUCGAUCAGCGGAUCGAUCGAGCAUUCGUAUACGUGUAGUUGAGUGGAAUAAAUCGUAUGAUUAUAACGUUGUAAAGACAUUCUA